UAAAAGCAAAACAGCUGUUUUUGACAGUUUGCUUUACACACACACAAAUCAAACGAAAACACGAGCAAUUCUACAAUUGUUCGCUUAAUCUUUUUAUAAAUUUUAAAUAAAACAUUAAAAAAUUGCUAAUAUUUAACUUAAAGUCGUAACUUAACUAACAAGUAAACAACUAACAAUAUGUCCCAGUUAAUAAAAACUGAACUUUUUCAACAGAUCAAACGUUCUCCUCUGCUGCAAUUUCAACGUUAUCGCGGUAAAAUUAACAUACAACGCCCAAAGAAACCACACUAUGAACGUGCUCUUGUUGUGGCGGUAACAACACCCCGCUAUCCUGAGCCUCCUAAGACCAGUACUUGUUUUGAGAAACGUACACGCACUGUAGAGGAGAAUCCCUACAAUGAUAUUAUUUCCAGAGAAGUGCGCAACUGGUUGGAUCACUCAAAAAUGGUGGCCAUUUUUCAUUUGAAUUCCAUAAAUUCCGAUGACUUCUUUGAUGUAAGAGUACAAUUGCACAAACAAAAUAUGCAAUUGAAAAUGUAUGGUCCCAAACUAGUGCGUAAGGCAGUAGAGGGUUCCCGUUACGAAGCCAUUCUUCCCCUAUUUGAAUCACAACAAUGCAUAGUAUUUUCACCAGAACAAAAGGUCUCACAACUGCUGAAAAUUACCCGUAAAGUACCUCAAAUGUUACUAUUGGCGGGUAUUGUUGACAACACCCUCUUAAGUCGCAAUGAAUUUAUGAAUUAUGCUCAAUUGCCUAGUCUGCAGUCGGCACAAGCUGAAUUAGUUCAUACUCUUAAUACGGCCGCCAGUACAUUGGUGCAAAAUUUAGAAGCCCAUCAAAACAAUUUCGUAAAUGUUUUGGAUGUCUAUGCUAAGUCGGGAGAGUCGUCUGUUAGUGAUGCCGAUAAGGAAGCGGGGAAUAAAGAAGAAGGAACUAAGGAAUAUUUUAAUCCAUUAUCUGAUGGAGACCUGAGAUAAGAUGCAGAUUCAGAGAAGACUUUACUCAAAGGGUUUUGACGUUUUUCAAUUUUUUCUUUCAUUGUUAUAUGGACAAAAAUCUAUAACUUUUUUUAAUCAAAUCAAACUCCUUCGAAAUAU